GUACCCCCCUGGACCCUCCCGCCUGUCCGUCAUGAUCCCCAGAGGUAACCCCCGCCUGUUCAUCAUGAUCCCCACAGGUACCCCCCGCCUUUCUGUCAUGAUCCUCACAGGUACCCCCCAGACACCCCAGCUUGUCCGUCACGAUCCCCACAGGUACCCCCCCGCGCCUCCCGCCCUGUCCGUCAUGAUCCCCACAGUGGAGCAGCACACCAGCUCCCCCCUGGCCAGCCCCAUGUCACCCCGCUCCCUCUCCUCGAACCCGUCCUCGCGGGACUCGUCCCCGAGCCGCGACUACUCGCCCGCCGUCACCGUCCUGCGCUCGCCCAUCACCAUCCAGCGCUCCGGCAAGAAGUACGGCUUCACGCUGCGCGCCAUCCGCGUCUACAUGGGCGACAGCGACGUCUACAGCGUCCACCACAUCGUCUGG